AUGGUGGGUGUUUAUUCACAGUUGGCUCAAAUGACAGCUGAAGACAUAUCAGAGGGACCAGAGUGGCGCACCGUGGAGAAGGAGCGAGAAAGAGAAAGACGCCGCAUGCGUGACAGACAAAGAAUACAAUCCCUGAGCCUUGAAGAAAAAGAAAAACAUCCGGCUAGACGCAGUAGAAACUACCAACUACGAAGACAAAGAGCAGGAAAUGCCCAAAUGGGAUCUCAGCAUGAACAAGCAAGUACUGCAACUAGAUGUGAGCUGAGCCUAAGAAGUGAAAAUCAAGCAUUAAUUGAUGUUUCAGAUAUGAGUGUCGAAUGUAAUGGUUUAGAGCAUGUUAGAUUUAGCAGAGGACAAGAAAAACCAAAAGCACCAGGCGCCAGGUGCGAGGAUGGAGAAACCAGAGUUCAAAGAUCAGCUAAACUUCCUAAACGGUUACGUUUAAGUCAAAUUAGACAUCUUGCACGAUUAUUGAAUACUCCUGUGGUUAAGCCUACUGAUGGAAGUGAGCAAAUUGGAACAGAUGUUCUAGUGAAGGACAGUGCAAGUUCAACUACUAACUACUUGAAUUCAGCGCCACAGUACCACAGCAAGGGGAGAUCCAUUCAAUGAGCAGCAGUAUGUGCACAUAGGAUAAGAAGUUUUUCAGUCUAUGAAGAGAAGACUUUAUGGAACACAUUUAGUGAAUCAAUGUUUACUGAAACAUGUAAGUCAUAAAAGUUUUGUUUGAUUUUCCCUGCUUUUCCAUCUACUGA